AUGGACAAUGUGCAGCCACUGAGUCUUCAGAGAAAACAAUCUCCUUUGAAGGAACUAAAUGAUGUGAUCUGUCAUAAUAUUAAUGUGGGAGCUGAGGUGGAACAUGAUGAGGGUAAGAACAAAUUCAAAAAAAGUGAAGAAGAGGUUUCAGUGGAGCAGGUUUUUAGUACUAUGGUCAAAGAAGCUGGCAUCUCACCAAGACCUAGACAGAAAGGCUCUAAGAAAGGAAAGAAACAAGUAAUCACAGAUACUAUUCCUAUAAAAGUAGUACCAAGGAGAGGUUCUUUAAUGGAGCCUUUUCAACACUUUAGGCAUAUUCAAGGAUUUAGAAGGAGAUUAGGUAUGAGAUAUGCCCAUUACAACUGCAAUGGUAAAAUAUGGUUCGUUGUAAAUGAUAAUGUGGAUGUGGAGAUCCUGCAGGACCUAGAACAACAUAUUACUAUAAAGCUGCUUUUCCAAGAUUGGAAUAAGUCACUUAUGGUAACUAUGGUCUAUGCAAAGUGUGAUUAUCUGGAAAGAAUAAGUUUAUGGGAUAGUCUGUAUAGUUUGACUGAUCAAAUGGAAUUGCCUUGGUUGGUAGGGGGUGACUUUAAUGUCAUUAUGAAUGAAGAUGAGAAGAUUGGUAGUUUACCUGUAUCUCCAGAUGAAUAUGAGGAUUUUGCAUUUUGUAUUAACUCAUGUGAGCUGUUUGAUAUAAAUUAUAAGGGGAGUCUAUUUACUUUGUGGAAUGGGAGGGCAGGUAGUGACUGUAUUUUCAAGAGAUUGGAUAGAAUGAUUGCAAACUCUAAAUUACAAGAUUGGUUUGCACAUAUGGAGGUGCAACAUUUAUCCAAAACUGGUUCAGACCAUGCCCCUUUACUACUUACUUGUGGUGAAUCUUCAUAUCACAUAAGGAAGCCUUUCAGAUUUCUAAAAUUCUGGACAAAACAUAAAUCUUUCUUAGAGGUGGUUAAUCAGGCAUGGAUCACAGAUUUUGAAGGGGAUGAUUUUAUCAGAUUUAAGCUGAAAUUGAAGAAUGUGAAAUCUGCUUUAUAUACUUGGAGUAAGGCAACUUUUGGUGAUAUUUUCAAGCAACUGACAGUAAGAGAAGAGGUGGUGAAAAUUAAAGAACAAUGUUUUGAAGAGGAUCCUACUCCUAUGAAUAGGAUGGUGCUACAGCAAGCACAAGCAGCAUUGAAAAAAUAUGUUCAUUAUGAGGAAGAAUUUUUUAGACAAAAGUUACAUAUGACUAGUUUUGCUGAGGGUGACAGGAAUACAAGGUACUUUCAUAGUAUUGUGAAUGGUAGGAGAAAGAGAUUGCAGAUCAGAAGAAUUCAGAAUCAGCAAGGGGAUACUAACAAUCAGCUGGUAAGCAUGCCAACUUUAGAGGAGGAGAAGAAGGUUGUAUUUGAAUUAUCUGUAGAUAGUGCUGGUGGUACAGAUGGUAUGACUGGAAUAUUUUAUCAGACCUUUGCUGAUAUGAGACCAAUCAGUCUCAGCAACUUCAUCAACAAGGUUAUUUCUAGAGUAGUUCAGGAUAAACUGGAAGGCAUUCUACCUUCUCUGAUAUCUCCCAACCAGUCUGGAUUUGUUAAGGGCAGAUGCAUCAUUGAAAAUGUCCUUCUAACUCAAGAAGUUGUAACUGACAUUAGACUAAGAGGAAAACCAGCUAAUGUUGUACUUAAGCUUGACAUGGCUAAAGCAUAUGAUAGAGUAUCAUGGAGUUACUUGAUUAGAGUUUUAAGGAAGAUGGGAUUUGCAGAAAUUUUCAUAGAUAUGGUUUGGAGGCUGAUAGCAAAUAAUUGGUAUUCCAUACUCCUUAAUGGUCAAGCUUAUGGUUUCUUUCAUUCCACCAGGGGUGUAAAACAAGGAGAUCCACUCUCUCCUGCUUUGUUCCUCUUAUCUGCUGAAGUUUUAUCUAGAGCAUUGAAUUCUUUAUUUGAGAAUAAUGAGUUUAGAAAUGACACAAUAAUUUUUUCAUCUGCUGAUGCUAGAUCCUUGGAGCUAAUUAUGGAUGUAUUACAUGCAUAUGAACAGGUAUCAGGCCAACUUAUAAAUAAAGGCAAGAGCUCAUUCUAUGUAUACAGUAAGGUGUCGAAUGUGCUGAUACAACAGGUGGAGAAUAUUACUGGUUUUAAAAGAGGCACUUUUCCUUUUACAUAUUUGGGUUGUCCUAUCACACAUUCAAGGAAGAGGAAGGCUGAUUACAAUGAUCUGAUCAAGAAAGUCAAGAAUAGGUUGUAG